AUGGUAGUGCCCGAGGGUGAGAGGGGUGAGCCAUCAAUAGACUCUAGGUCAGAGGCAUAUAGGGAGAUGCAGAGGAAUUACAAAGUGUUAGAGGUUGUGGUUGAUCGGGUUCAAGCCUUGCCUUAUACACCAGAGGUGGGCUCAAGUAAUCAGGCAUCACCGUCAAGGUCUGUGGGUAUAGCUGUGGCUUCAGCUUCAGAGGGGGUGGAUAUCCGUGUUGGUGUCCCUUUAUCGAGGCAUAAUAUACUUAUAGAGGUGAAACUGGCAGAGUUUCGAACAGAGUUUAAUGUUCCACCUUCGGUGGGCUUGAGGUCACCCAGUUCUGCUGAUGUGGUUAGAUAUCCUCCGGAGGGGUGCGUGUUGAUAUUUACCGAUGUGUACCAACAUGGCUUGAGACUACCGUUUCAUGGUUUCAGACUACCUGAUCUGGGAUGUCGUCAUGGAGAGUAA